CGCCGCUGAGCCCUGCGCCGCUCAGUUACUGUGACCCUCAUAUACAGAAGAAGAUCUCAGGCUGAGCGCACUGUACUUUUAUAAUAACAUGUUGUUACGGAGGGUGAUACAGUGCGGAGCUUUUGCACUGAAGGGCAGCCGCUCUCUCCACCAGAGCUCCCCCUGGAGAAGUCCUCUCAUACCCAUAGUAGUGGAGCAGACGGGCCGAGGAGAGCGUGCCUAUGACAUUUACUCUCGGCUGCUGAGGGAGAGGAUCAUCUGUGUAAUGGGUCCUAUUGACGACUCUGUGGCAAGUCUGGUGAUUGCACAGCUUCUAUUCCUGCAGUCAGAAAGCAACAACAAACCCAUUCACAUGUACAUCAACAGUCCAGGUGGCGUAGUCACAUCAGGGCUGGCAAUCUAUGACACUAUGCAGUACAUUCUCAACCCCAUUUCUACGUGGUGUGUUGGGCAGGCAGCCAGUAUGGGCAGUCUACUACUGGCUGCGGGGACUGCAGGCAUGAGACACUCACUGCCAAAUGCUCGCAUCAUGGUGCACCAGCCUUCAGGAGGAGCCAGGGGUCAAGCGACAGACAUCGCCAUUCAGGCAGAAGAGAUUCUGAAGCUGAAGAGACAGAUCAACAAUAUCUACUGUAAACAUACAGGCCAGCCUCUGGAAACUAUAGAGGGUGUAAUGGAACGAGACAGAUACAUGAGCCCUAUGGAGGCGCAGGACUUUGGCAUUAUUGACAAGGUUCUGGUCCACCCUCCUCAGGCUGGACAGGACGAGCCUGAACUGGUUCAGAAAGAUCCAGAGGCUUCGACCAGCCCUACUGCCCAAGCAGCAGCUUCUGAACCAGUGCAAACUGGGGCCAGCCCUCCAUCUUCUUAUAAACCUGAACCAUGAGAUGGACCUGAAUCUAGUGUCGAGUUUCUAUGAAACAGAGUUAGUGAUGAAGAGUUUGAUUUAUUUUUUAUCCUCUUAUACACAAAGUUGUCCAGUUUUUUUGUCCACAUACCUUUUAUCCAAAACAUAUACCAUAUUAGUUCACCAUGUAGAACACUUCUAAUUCUAAAAGUGUAGAAUUACACACUGUAGUCCAUAUAUUUCUGCACAACCUGUCAGCCACUGUGGCAAGUCUAUUCACUCGCCAGCCAUCUUUGCAACGCUGUCAGAAACAUACUGAAAACUGAAGGUUAAAUGACUGUUUUGCUCAACAAUGCACACCAGUGUGAUUUUUAUCCAUAAGUAAAUGCAAUGUUCUGCAUUAUAAGAACUCUCAUUCUUAUUUCAACCAGUGGCUGGUCUCCUUUAACAUCUCUGAUCAAGUCCGCCACCCAAUAUUGGUUGGUGAGCAGAGGUUUGCUAAUGACUUGUGCAGGGAAUGGAUGUACUGCAGUCAGUAAUCUUUCAUAGACAAAGUGGUCCUAUAUGGUCGAAGAUUUCCAAUGACAAUAGGUACAAAGUAGGUGUUUCUAAUAAACUGGACAUUCUGGCUAUCCAAAUCUGAGCCCCUCCCCUGUUUCUCACGUUGGUCUUGGUAUGUGAAGACUGGCCAUAUGAGGGCGAAACACUAUGGAACUCUUUACAGGAUCAUGAAAGUUUUUCUGUAUGGAUUUUAUAUGUUCAACAAAAAAAUUAAAUAAAAUUAUGAUGUAUACUGA